UUUUCCUCCGGGCCCGAGUAAACUUCUAAUUAUCGGUCCAUUUAGCAUGAUUCAUGAAAAUCACACCUUAAUCAUAUACCGAGUCCAUUUAUACUCGUGAGCGACGUAAAGUCGUUUGCCACUCAUUUCGAGUCGACUCGUCGAAGAUGACGUGCCAAAUAUCGUGCUUAAAUGGCUCAUCACUGUUUUUAUUAAUAAUAUUUGUUAAUUUAUCAUCGUCGAUAAAUAAUCUCCCGACGAUCGAGUCGUACGCGAAGGUAUCAAUAAAUCGGCCUCAAUCGGGGACCCAAAUCGAUCGAAAUCCGACUUACCGACCGGCGGUUAAUCAAGGAAGAGGUUUUUCCGAUAUCGAGAUUUCUCGAUCGCCGGUCUACGUGCCAACCGGCAAGAAAUUACGCAAUGGCGAAGCCGUCGAUCAUCCAAAUACGAACCAACAGCAGAGCUCAGACACUCGGAUACAGGCACAGGACAGAUUCGUUCCGCACUCGAAUCCCGGGAGACAGAAUAUCGAGGCUGCUCAAAAUUCUGGCUCCGGACAAUUGAUGUUUCCCGUACCGAGCUACGCGACACUCCCGAAAGAAGUUUAUUCCUCGAACUACGAUUAUCAAACGCAUUCGAAACCCUCGAGCAACGAUCCUUCAGCUACUGGCGCAAUGGAAUAUCCGCCGGAUUCGGAAAGUACUUUUUCGAAGAUCCCGGACUCUUACGCACAGCCGGAAAUUUAUGGAAACGACGAUUCCGGGGAUUCUCCAAAAUUCUCAGGAUUCCCAACGAGUUCAUCCUACGGAGACACGUACCGGCCGAAACCUGCCGAUUUUCCCGACCACUACGAGAGCCCGAGCUACGCCAGCGAUCCUUAUUUUUCUCACCACGAGGUCAUCUACGAUCAUCCACCGGACGACCAUUUCCAUGACUACCCAAAAAUGACUACAACGACCGAAGAGCCGGAAAUGAACGAUCAACGGCUCAGCAAACGUCCCUAUUCUUACUAUUACAUCGGCAAAAAGCUCUGGUAUCUUCCCCUCUACUUCAGCAUCUAUUUCAUUAUUUACAUUGCAGCCCUCGUUCUGAAAAGCAUAACCAGACACAAAAUUAAUUUUCCGGCGAGCCUCGCCGCCGUUGCCGCUGAUGGAAGACACUCCCACAUGCCCUACGAGAUUCCUGGAUGGUACGGUCUCACCAAACGUGUUCUCGACGGUAUCGACCUCUACAACAGCAUCGGAAAAUCAUGAAUUUUUUUUCAUAAAUCGAUGAAUUUCUACAAGAAAAGAAGACUGCUUUAUUACUUAUGUUGUUAAAUCCAUUC